CAGCUGCAUGCCAUUGGUACUUUGUAGAUAAUCAGUUAUCCCCUCUGCUGGCCGGAGCGAUGUCCUGUCUUUACACUUCUCUCUUCAGAGCUUCACCUCGAACAAUCACAACAGCUUUCCCUCGAGCAUCAACACUAAGAACUAUUCGAACGUACCGAGGUAGCUUUGCAAGAUACUACACAGCUGGUAACAACAUGUCCGACCUCUUCGUCGAGCUUACGGCACCAAAUGGCCACAAGUACAAGCAGCCACGAGGACUGUUCAUCAACAAUGAGUUCGUCAAGUCAAAAUCUGGCGAAACCAUCACUUCGAUAAACCCAAGUGAUGAGAGUGAGAUUGUCUCGGUCUAUGCGGCCAGUGAAGAAGAUGUCAACGACGCAGUAGCAGCAGCACGCAAAGCGUUCAAGAGUUCGGAAUGGCGAGACAUGGAUACAAACGCCCGUGCAGACGUACUCUUCAAGUUCGCGCAGUUGAUCGAGGAGCACAGGGAUACCUUGGCCACAAUCGAGACAUGGGACAAUGGCAAGCCAUACCAGGUCUCUUUCAAUGACGACCUAGGGGAGGUUAUUGGUACAAUCAAGUACUACGCAGGAUACGCAAACAAAAUUCAUGGUCAGGUCAUCGACACAUCGCCCGCAAAGCUGGCCUACACACUCCGAGAACCACUUGGUGUAUGUGGGCAGAUCAUCCCAUGGAACUUCCCUCUCGCAAUGGCUGCCUGGAAACUCGGACCUGCACUGUGCACUGGUAACACAGUCGUCUUAAAGGCUGCAGAACAGACACCACUCUCCAUCCUGUACCUUGGAACACUUGUCAAGGAGGCUGGUUUCCCACCAGGUGUGAUCAACAUCCUCAAUGGAGAAGGCAGGAAAGCCGGUGCAGCUCUCGCUCAACACCCUGAUGUAGCCAAGAUCGCCUUUACCGGAUCGACAGCUACCGGCAAGGAGAUCAUGAAGAUGGCAGCUGGAACCAUGAAAAACAUCACAUUAGAGACAGGCGGAAAGUCGCCACUGCUGGUCUUCGACGAUGCCAACCUUGAUCAGGCGGUCAAGUGGUCGCACGUUGGUAUCAUGUACAACCAGGGACAGGUCUGCACAGCAACCUCGCGAAUUCUGGUACAGGAUGGCGUCUACGACAAGUUCGUUUCCGCAUUCAAGGAGUACGUCGCAAAGACAUCUGUCGUUGGUGACCCCUUCAAGGAUGAUACCUUCCAGGGCCCACAAGUCACCCAGGCGCAGUAUGAGCGUGUUCUAUCCUACAUCGAGGCCGGCAAGUCCGAGGGAGCAACUCUUGUAUCUGGAGGUAAGGCCUACAAGGAUGUCGGCGGCAAGGGCUUCUUCAUCGAGCCUACCAUCUUCUCAGACGUCAAAGACAACCACAAGAUUUACCGCGAAGAAAUCUUUGGACCAUUCGUCGCAAUUAGCUCGUUUAAGACCGAGGAGGAGGCCAUUGAGCGCGCCAACGACACCACCUAUGGUCUGGGAGCUGCGCUCUUCACCGAGAACAUCACCAAGGCACACCGUGUUGCCAGGGCUAUCGAGGCUGGCAUGGUAUGGAUCAACUCCAGCAAUGACUCUGAUAUUCGAAUUCCAUUUGGAGGUGUAAAGCAGUCUGGCAUUGGGAGAGAACUUGGUGAGGCUGGACUUGAGGCCUACACGAACAAGAAGGCCAUCCACGUCAACUUGGGUACGAAGUUGUAAGGAAUCGUGUAUGAAAAGAUACGUGUCAUCACCACGUACCCAGACGGGGCUGUGCUUGGCGCCACGGCUUGGAAUGGGUCGGACGACUGCACAUGUUGGAAUUAGGAAGAGUUUGCAUGUUCUACGGAAGCAACGAAUUCGGCAUUAAGCAACAAA